AUGCAAAGGAACAACGACGAAUUCAAGAAGAAGCUUGAGGAAGAGCUAAGCUCUCACAUGCGUAUGAAGGAUCAGCUGAAGUCCAGGAUCCGUGCGCUGCAGAGCAUCUACGACGACGCGAACGACAAGCUUGAGCUUUCCCAGUCCUUGUCGCAGCAAUCGCAGGACAGUUGCCACGAGCUGCAAGAAGAGGUGAAUUCCCUCGAGCGCAAUUUGAGGGAAGUGGAGAAGAAGAACGCUGCCAAAAUUUCUCAGCUUGAGGGCGAAGCGAAGGAGAAGGAGGUCAGUCCUUCCCCGAUGCAUGUUGAUAUGACAGUUCUGACGGGAACAUCGUGCAAUGUCAAGAGUCUAGCCGCUGCGGUACUGCUGUGUGCCUUGAAGCAGCUGUAG